AUGCACUAUCACUUAACAACAAAGACACUCUUCGAAGAAGCCACAGAGGCACACAGAGCAACUACACCCAACGGUAGUCUCUCCCAGCAAAGUACAUCAUCGGCAGGCAUCCUGCCGUUGAAAGCUGAACUGCGAGAACAACCGAUCAUCAGCCAGACGGCCGCCCCUACAUACACCUUGGCUAAAAGCCUCAACCAAAUUUUGACCCCUUACGUCACGAGUCGGUACAGCCUGCAGUCUUUAGCAGAAUUCUUAGAAGCCAUCAAGGACGCCCCUGGUACCGGGAUUAAUGCCCUAUUUAGGAACGUGCCUGUCGACGAAACCAUAGAUAUAAUCCUUGAUCAUGUCUACAGGAAUCAAUUGACAGUGCCCCUCAACAUACCGGAAGCCUUGCUCCAUACGCUGCUGGAGAUCUGCAUGAAGAAGGCUCCUUUCUCCACACACCGUGGCCAGAUGUUCCACCAGAAGGACGGCGUGGUGAUAGGCUGCCCACUUUGGGUCCUCUUCGCUAACUUUUAUGUGGGCACCAUGGAGGAACGGGUCUUCGCCAGGAUGCAGCAACCCCGCAGAUAUGGAUGGUAUAUUGACGACAUCUUUGUGCAAAUCGACGCCAAGGAUGAGGUAGAAGUCCUCCGUCAAGCAUUUCAGCAGUGCAGUGUGCUGAGUUACACAGUUGAACACAGCUCCGACGAUCGGCUCCCCUUCCUCAACGUCCUUGUAAGCAAGACAGAAGACGGUCUCCGUACUUAA